UGCCAUGGAAGCAGAGAAUGUCUCACACUAAUCCGUGGGGGCGGAACCCCUGAAUUUGCGACCGAGGAUAUAAUCACGAUAAUCCUCGCACCCAUCGAGCAGAAUGUCUGUCUAUCGGAAACAUUCCAACUCUGUCGUGCUAUCAUCAUGAGACCGUACGCUCUUGCCCUCCUCGCUGCGCCCGCGCUUGCCGCGCAGCGCACCGCCCGCGACGCGAUUGAGACCAUCUGCACCAAGAACAACAUCAUCACCACCGACGACUUCAUCCUCUACAACAACCUCUGGGGCGAGGACUACGCUACCUCCGGCUCGGAGUGCACCUACCUCGACUAUGUGAGCGGCAAUUCCAUCUCCUGGCAGUCCUCGUGGACCUGGGCCGGCGGCGACGACUACGUCAAGAGCUACCCCAACGCGGUGCUGAACGUCGGCGCGAAGCAACUCAGCUCCAUAACUAGUAUCCCCACUACGUGGUCGUGGAGCUACACCGGCACCGACCUUGUAGCCGACGUCUCCUACGACGCGUUCUUCUCCACCGCCGCCUCCACCACCGCUACCCACGAGUACGAGGUCAUGGUCUGGCUGGGUGUCUACGGCGGCAUCGAGCCGAUCGGCAACGCGGACGGACCGAUCGCCAGCCCGACCAUCGGCGGCCGCGUGUGGGACUUGUACAAGGGCCCGAACGACUGGACGGUCUUCAGCUUUGUGGCCCGCGAGAACGUCCAGGACUACACUGGGGACAUCAUGGACUUUUUCAACUAUCUGAUCGACAACCAGGGCGUCUCCUCGAGUCUGUACCUCCAGACGCUCGGGGCGGGCACGGAGCCGAAGACGGGGUCUGAUGCGUGGUUUACUGUUGCGCCGUAUGAGAUCAGCAUCAACGCUUAGUGGUUAGAUGGGUUGCGGGCUGGUGAGAGGGGUUGGUUGAUAGUGGAAAGUGUGUACAUUAGUGCAGGUGCGAUAGCUCGACCAGUGUGAUAGCCAUCACCUCUAGCAAUCAAAGAUAGUGUGCGGAAGAUUCCACGAUUGAGGAUGCGAGAUUGGGUUGCGGAAACAUCCGGUCAUGGGAUCUGGUCACUAGCUGUGAGGGGUAAUUGGACGAGAAACCGCAUUCCUGUCACAUUUUGGGGCGUUGACCCCAGGACUAUACAAUUCACGCUAGAGAGAGACGGUGCAU